UCGAGGAGGUGGUUGGCUGUUCCCUGGCCCCUUUGGGGGAGGGGCUGGGCCGUCCCAGGGGCGGGGUGUCCCAGGGGCGGGUCCGGGUCCCUGUGUUUGUUGCACCGUGUCAGUUACAUUGUAACAAAAGUGGUGCAGCCGCUCUUAGGGCCAGCACUCUAGGCCCGCCCGCCGUCAGCUGUCGCCGACAUGGAAUCCGUGGCCAGCAAUAUCCAGGUCCUGCUGCAGGCGGCGGAGUUCCUAGAGCGCCGUGAGAGAGGGGCGCCUGCUGGGACCAGCCCCAGGCUGAAGCGGGCUGGGGCUCUCUCUGGCAGAAGCCGAGCAUGGCUACGCGUCCCUGUGCCCGCACCGCAGUCCAGGCCCAGUCUACAGGAGGAGGAAGAGAUCCCCCCAAGCUUCUGGCGCGCUGGACAGUGGGCGGUCUGUGCACAACGAGCUGGAGAAACGCAGGUGAGUCCCAGCUUUGCCCUGACAGCACUGGGCCCCAGGAACCAUCUGCCUCUGGCCUUCCCUCCCCUGCUGUCUGGCCGGCAAGGCUAGGCUGGCACUGCCCUCCAGACCCCUUCCCCCGCAGGAGGGCCCAGCUGAAGCGGUGCCUGGAGCAGCUAAAACAGCAGAUGCCCCUGGGGGCUGACUGUGCCCGCUACACCACCCUGAGCCUUCUGCGCUGGGCCAGGAUGCACAUCCAGAAGUUGGAGGAGCAGGAGCAGAAGGCGAGGCGGCUCAAGGAGAAGCUGCGCAGCAAGCAGCAAAGCCUGCGGCAGCAGCUGGAGCAGCUCCGGGCACCAGCAGGGCUGGGAGAGAGGGAGCGGCCACGGGCAGACAGCCUGGACUCCUCGGGCCUCUCCUCUGAACGCUCAGACUCAGACCAAGAGGAGGUGGAGGUGGACGUGGAGAGCCUGGUGUUCGAGGGCGAGGCUGAACUGCUACGGAGCUUCAGCGCGGGCCAGGAACACAGCUAUUCACAUGGCAGUGGCACCUGGCUAUGACCUUCACCACCCCCCAAGCCUCAAGAGCUGCUUGGAAUGGACUAAAAGGACCCUUACGUGGGAACAGGUGCCUGCCCCCCACCCUGCCGCUGGCUGCUGGCAGUCCCUCCUUGGGGAGGGGUGCCUAGGUUUCCCCUGAGCCCUGCAGGGGAGGCAGCUUGGGCCUAGGCCACCCUUCCAGGCAAUUUUUUGUAGCACUUGGCUCUGCUGUCCCCAGGGAGGGGCAGGAAGCCUCUUGGGCCCUCACAUUCCUUUCUAGAGAAGGCCCCCUGACCUUUAUCCCAGAUACUGUACAGUAUUUUCAUUAAAAGCCUCUUUACUAA